AUGCUUGCAAGAGCACUGAAUCGAAGUGAACAGUGUCAAAGUCAAAUACUUAUUCUUGAUGAACCUGAUCGAGGUUUACCAAGUGAAACAACAUUUCGUAUCAUGUCGAAUAUUGUUCGAUGGUUUAAAUCAAAAGGAAUUCUGUUUCUAACUUUGCACAAUGAUCGUGUUCGAGAGCGAUUAUUUGUCAAUCAUUUAUUACAUAUUGAUCAUGGAUAUAUUCGAUCGUGUUCAAAGAGAUUCAUCUAUUUGAUUACGUACUCUCGAACUAAUUAA